UUUUUUAAAAAAAAAAAAAAUUUUUUUUUUUUUUUAUAUAUUUUUAUAUGAAAAUAUAUAGUCAAAAUGACUUCCACCGAACCGCUUCUUUCUCUUUCUCAAAGGAGACCUAGUCUCUAUAGUUCGUCAAAUGGUUCUGCUUAUGAAGCUAUCCCCACACGUUCUUCAUUGUCAAGUGAAUUACCAGAGGAAAGACGACUUAGUUUUGAUUCCGAUUACGAAGAUAAUGAAUCUCAUAAAGCUUCAUUAGAAGAAGUGACUUAUGAGGAAGAAAGGCCUUGGAAAUAUAAAUUAAUUGCUUUAUUAUGCGUUUUGUCUUUAUCCGUGGGAAGUCAUUAUGCUGCUCAUACUCUUGGCGCUCUAAAGUCAAUCGUCAAGAAAGAAUUAGGCAUUUCAAAUUCGCAAUAUGGAGUUCUUCAAUCAUCAGUAUCAUUGGUUAAUACAAUUCUGCCCAUUCUUGGUGGAGUAUUUAUCGACAUAUUUGGCACCUCGAUUGGUUCCAUAUUGGCUACUUCUCUUAUUGCUAUAGGAAGUGUAUUUGUAGCAUUAUCAACUAAUUUAAGAUCGUUUGUUGUGAUGGUAAUUGGUAGAUUCUUAUAUGGAAUUGGUAGUGGGACUAUUGUUACAGUUCAAAUGGCCAUUUUAAGUCAUUGGUUUAAAGGAAAAGGACUGGCCAUUGUUGUAGGAAUUCAGGUUGCUGCGUCAAGAAUGUCAUCAUUUUUGGGCAAUCUGACGGUGGUCCCAAUCUGGGAAAGAACAGGAUUUUAUGGAUGGGCAUUUUGGUUUUCUGCGUUUCUUUGCAUCGUUUCAUUAAUAAUCAACAUCACAUACAUUCUUUUAAUGAGAAUACUCCAUGACAAAUUAUCACAACAAGAAAUGAUGAAGAUAAAACAAAAAAAACAUUUUAGCCCUAAAAAAGUAUUAGUAUUUCCUACUAUUUAUUGGAUCUUUGUUUUACUCGAAAUCUUAUUGGGUAGUGCAUGGACUUCAUUUUUACAUAUUCACACGGAAUUGAUAAAAACUAGAUGGAAUAGCACGGAUGAAUAUGCUGCUUAUACUUCUAGUAUUGCUCAGUUCUUACCAAUAUUCAUUUCGCCUUUCCUUGGAUACUUCUUAGAUCGUUUCGGAAAUCGUUCUUUAACAAUAAUCGCGUCUUCAGUUUUUCUUACUAUAUCAAUGUAUCUCAUUGGAUUCGUAGAAUUAUCACCUAUCAUAAUAGUUACAGGAAUGAUUUGUUUUUCAAUUUCACUUUCAUUAGGACCAGUAGGAUUGCUGUCAUCAAUACCGAUACUAUUGCCAUUAGAUUAUGUUGGUACAGCAUUAGGUAUAGUUAAAUCGAGUUUGAAUAUUGGAUCAACAAUUUAUGAUAUACUUGUUGGAUUAUUACAAGACUUGGAAGGAGGCAAAUAUGGAAUGGUAAUGAGCUUUUAUUUAGGCAGUAGUAUAUGUGCUAUAUUAGUAUCUAUAUUGUUGUAUAGUGUAGCAAAAAAUUGGCGUGAUGGUAUUUUGGAUAUGAAAGAUGAUGAAAGAAAAAGAAAACAUGAUACUGUGAAAGUUGAAGAAUUUAAUCAACCUACAAGAAAGAAUUAUUUUUAUAUCAUUACUUUUAUUGUUUUAUUAAUUGUAAGUUGGAUUUUAUUCUUUUUUAAAUUUUUUAUUGAUUAGAUAUAUAUUUAA